AUGUCGUUCUCAGGAUUGAAGAAGCAGUUCAAUAAAGCGAAUCAGUACCUAAGCGAAACUAUGGGUGCUGCAGAAGCUACAAAAUUAGAUGAUGAUUAUACUGAAAUGGAAAAAAAGGUGGAUUUGACCAAUGACUUGAUCAGUGCCUUAAUCGCUGGUACUCACGAAUAUUUGCAGCCAAAUCCAGCUACUCGAGCCAAGAUGACAAUGGCUGGUGCGUUUUCAAAAGUAAGAGGUACUACUAAGACAUCUCCAUAUCCACAAGUAGAGGGUCUGCUGGCAGAUACGAUGCAGAAAUAUGGUAGCGCUCUAGGUCCUGAUUCAGACUUUGGGAAAGCGCUCUUGGAUACUUCCGAAGCGUAUCGUCAAAUGGCUGAUAUAAAGUAUCAGAUGGAGGAUUCCGUCAAACAUAAUUUUCUUGAUCCGUUAGCUCAUGUACAACAGACGGAUAUCAAAGAAGUUAACCACCAUCGUACAAAGUUGAAAGGGAGAAGACUGGAUUACGACUGCAAGAAACGGAAACAAGUGCGAGACGAUGAAAUGAUACAAGCAGAAGAGAAAUUGGAAGAGUCAAAACAGCUGGCGGAACAAGCUAUGUUCAACCUUCUUAGCAAUGACGUAGAACAAGUCUCUCAACUUUCCGCUUUAGUUGAUGCACAGUUGGAUUUCCAUCAAAGGACAACUCAGAUAUUAGAACAGCUUCAAACCGCUCUUCAUAACAGAGUUCAAGAGGCGAGUAAUAGGCCACGGGCCGAACACAUAGUUAAACCGGUACUGACCCACAGGACGCCACGUAACAGAUCUCCAGUACCAGCCGACACUGCUUCAACCACGAAUAUAAAUUAUCAACCCCAGCCCCAAAACACUUUCAAACCGUUUACUUCCAAUGGUGCUGACUGGAAUUCUACCACUUCUACAUCCAAUCCGCCUUCCUCAGUCUAUCCACAGACGGGUGGUCAACCCUUCGCCCAGCAGAACCCGUCUGUUACACCAGUGGCACCACAAGCAAGAAAACCUUCCGCAAAAGCAUUGUAUGAUUUUGAGGCUCAAAAUGAAGGCGAGCUGGACUUUAAAGAAGGCGAGAUACUUGAACUCAUCUCACAGAUUGAUGAGAAUUGGUUCGAAGGGAGGUUGCGUGGGAAGACAGGAUACUUCCCAAUUUCGUACGUCCAAGUGCUAGUUCCACUAUGA